AUGGACGAUGCUGAGGCAUCUUUGGGGGUGUAUGCCGAGUUCGACCUGCAGUCUGGAUGCAAGCUUGGCAGCACAGAGGCGUCAGGUACAUCGCUAGUCAUGUCAUACAGCCCAGAAGGCUCGCAGCUGCUCGUGCUGACAGCAGAGCGAAGCAUCGUGGCAUUCAGCUUGCCAGGGUGGAAGCGGCGGGUGCUUGUACCACCCAGCAGUCGGUACAACAUGCAGAAAGCCCACAUGGCGGUAUUGCCGGACAAGGCAGGCAACAGUGUGGUCUUUUGUCAAAACGGGUCAACAUCAGUGCGAUGCGUCAGCAUGGCUGGUAAGGCAACUGCCAAAGGCAGCAAAGAGAAGCCAGGCGGCCAGCUCAAGUCCGACCUGAAAAGGCCCAUUGUGGCCCUUGCGGCCAGCCAUACAGAGCGGCAGUCUCUGCUGCUGCUGCACGCCGACGCUCUCAUAGCAGUGGGCACAGGCAGCGGCACGGUUGCUGCAUAUGACGCUGUGGGCUCCACAGAACCACGGCUGAUAGGAGUGUCCAGCACUUCUGGCCCCGUUCAGAGCGUCAGCAUCAGCCUUGCGCCUUCCAGGGUGCUUGCAGCUGUGCAAGAUGUUCGAGGAGAAGUGCACUUGGAAGCCUGGAGCAUACUGUUUGGAGCUGACAGAACAACCUGGCUCCAUGAGAAGGUGGUCCCAGACAGGCUGAACGAAGUCUGCGGAGCCUCUACAAGCUCAACUAGCCUGCUUCCAGGCGCAACCCAACUGCAGAAACCAAGCGCAUCGUGGCAGGCAUUGUGGACGGUGAGUCCCUGCAGUGCCCAGGCAAGUGUGGGUCUGGCAUGGCAGGCACGGUGCCUGCAUGUGCACCCCAGCCUGGGCCUGGCUGUUGUGCAGCACACCGGCACAGGGCAUUGGGACAGCGUCCAGAGCGUGCCCAUUGGCCGACUGUCGCCUGCGGAUGCCGACGCUGCCCAGCGCCUGCUCAGCAUCAGCGUGCUGCGCCUGUGCUGGCCCCUGAACGCCGCUUCCAUCGCACCCCUCCACUCCUCGCUGCACUUCUGGGCCGGUCAGGGCACCAGCAACGUAAGCAAGAGGCUGAGCUUCAAACCGCGCAUCUACCUGUUGGAGGGUGGGCAGCUGGCGGCAUACAGCCUGGGCACGGGACAGAUGAGCGAGGUGGCGGCGCUGCCCCGGAAGGGUGCCAGCGGGCAGGGCCUGUCUGCCCGGCGCCUGGUUUGCAGCCUCAAGGCCGACGCAUCCCUCGUCUUCUUCCUGGCCACCUCUCCUGCAGGCCUGCUCUGUUCCUUUUUCAUUGCAAAUCAUCGAGCGAAAGGGCCAGCGGCCAGCACAGAGUUCACCCUGCUGUCCCCAUCGUCACCGUCCAAGGCAGUAUGGACAGCCCAGGGAGCGAGCGGGGCUUUUGCUGGGCUGGAAGAUGAGCAGUAUGCAGUGCUGUCCAACAGCGGCAACACAGUGCGCGUGUAUGCCACGCAGCCGAGCGAGGGCAAGCCGUCAAUGCUGCGCAAGCUUGAGCUUGGGUUUGGGGGCGCUGCCGCCCUCUUCCCAGGGCCGCCCUGGGCAUCGCUCCCCAGGCCCGGGGCAGCCCAGGAUGCAGGAGGCCGGGGAGUGAUCACAUGGGCGAGUCACCAGGACGGUCUGUGCCUUGGGGAGCUGGCAGGGUCGGUCAGGCAGGGAACCAGCUACGUGGGCUCCUACGGCUCCAGCCUGCAAGCCAGCCGAUCCCUGCCCCUUGCACCCCUCGAGUCCAUCCUGCAGGUGGCGUGGCAGGGGCUACUGGAUGAGAGCGGGGGCGGCAGCGUGAUGGACGACACAGGCGCAGGCAAGGCCAGCAUUGCUGCGGCCGUGCUCACGUCGCGGCGCCUGCUGUUGGUCAGUGCCACGCUGCGGCCGCUGUGCGCCUUCUCCCCCAGCCCCUCCGACGCCCCCAUCACCAGCUUCCUCUGGCUGGGCCCUGCGCUCCUCUUCUGCAACUCCGCACACCAGGUCGACCCCGUGCGCCAGCUGGCAUGGGACGGCCAUGUGGCCUCGGUGUGCAGCCUUGGUGGAGGUCCCCCUGCCGUGCUGGCUGGGGCCCUGGCAGACAGGCUGCUGGUUGGGCGAGGCGGCGCGGGCGUGUCUUCGCGCCAGGUCGCCCUCCUGCCAUCCCUCCUUUUGGGCUGGGCUUCCCUGGCUGCCUGCUCCAUCCUGCCAGGAGGAUGGUGGCGGGCUAGGCAGGAGAUGGCGACACUGAUUGCAAGCUAUGACAGCAGCACCGUGGAUGAGACCCUGCUGUCAGCCCUUGUCGGUGCUGGGGCAUCGAAGGCUGCCCUUGCUCUGGCCAAACACCAGGUCGGGGGCGUGUAUGAAAAGGGGUUGGCUGCCACCGAAGGCCAUUGGGAAGAACUGGUGUCUGCAGCUCUGGCCGCUCACCGCCAGUCGCCACAAUAUCCCAGGCCGCCUGCGAGGGGGUCAGAGGAGUGGGCGCGCCUGGUGGGCUUGGGCCGGGCUGCUGCAGCAUAUGGCCAGUGUGCAGCCGCGCGACAGCUGUGGGAGGCAGCCGCAGCAUGGCCAGAACUGCUGGGCUUCUGCGCGCUGCAGGGAGACUUUGAUGCAGUGCGCGGCUACUGCAACUCGGAGGAUCCGGAGGUGAAAGCCCUUGCAAAGACAUUGAUGGUUCUGUCGGAGGAUCGGUUCCGCAGUGCAACUGCCGUGGGGGCCUCUCCUCGCCCAUCGGACUGGCAGAUCAGCUUUGAUGAGCAGGGUAUUACAGGUGACACAGAGGGCGAGGAGGCCUGGCAGGUGGCCCCAGCUGGCAGCGUCCCCAACAUGGACAUCGCUCCUGCACCAGGCAGCACAAGCGUCACCAUGAUCCCCCAAAUGGACCCCACACUGCUGGAGGGGUACCUGGGUCUUGGACAAGCUCCGGAGCGCGGCGCAUCGGGAGUGAGUCCAUGGCACAUGGGUGAUGAGCUGGGGGCCGAUGAGGACGAUGGCGGCUUCAUGGAAGCUUCCCCCAUCGACAGGACCCCUGGCGAUGACGAGGGGGCCAACCCAUACACUGCCGGACAGGACACCUCAGCAGGGCGCAGGAGCGGCAACAAUGCACAGGAGGCCGCGCACGCAGCUUUCACACAGGACAAGGACACCGGCUUCUACAGCAGCGAUGAGGACGAGGACUCGCAGUCCACCACCUCACUCUCUACCACCACGUCAAAUGCAGGGCCGAAAUUCAAGGUGGUCAUCAAGGACAAGGAUGCAGCUGCUCCAAGCACCACCGACGCAGGAACGCUGUGGGCUGCCGCACAGAGCCUGCGUCUGUCGGCGCAGCCACCCUCAUUCUCGGACCCUGCCAGGCCGUUGCGAAGCGCGCUGUCUGGCAGUGACAGCCGGCUGUCAGACAGCGAUUUCAAAGUGUCACCAGCCAAGUCAGGUGCAGCCACCCCCGCAUCGCUGCCGCCGCGCGGCGCCGGCAUCUCUCCUGGUGCAUCAUCUUCCUCCUCACCGGGGAUGCUGCCACUGCCGCCUCUGGGGCAUGUAUCACCACUGCUGCAGCCCCCUGUCAGUAGCAGGGGCGGCUCAGUUCCGCCAAAGGCGCAGGCAAACCUGUUUGGCGCUGCCAGAGGCGGCGGCCGCCCCUUGGCGAUGAGCGCACCUGCGCCGCCUCCCAUGAUCCCUGAAGACCUGUUUGCCCAGCCUGGCGCGCUGCCAGCAGCCCCACUGCCCACGCCGCCCUCACCUGCGCCGGCUCCACCGGCAGGGGCUGCAGAUGAGAAGGAUGUGUCGUCCUCCCAUGAAGGCGGAGUGCAGCACAUGGAAUCUGGCCGAUGGAAUGAGGCGGCGACCGCCUUUGUCGACGCGCUGCACCAUGCAAAGGGCAAGGCAGUGCCGCGGGAGGCCCAGUAUCUGGCAGCUGUGCGUCUGUGCAAGGAGGCAUCUGAUAUGUCAAAGAGCGCCAGUGCCAAGCUGAUGCGGUUUGCAGCUGCGCUGGACCUUGAUCCAAAGCAUCAGCGAGCCCUGGCACAGACCGCCAUUGCACGCAACAUGGCUGUGGGCAACUACGGGUACGCUGCAACUCAGCUUGAAAGCUUGGUGGCGAUCUCAGUGGGGCAUGUCCCUGACUCGUUCCUACAGCAGCUGCAGCAACUGCUCAAAGACUGUGAUAAGCAUGGGAGCACAGAUGCUGACAUCUCGGCAGAUGAGGACACCACCACGUUCCCUGAGAUUGUUGGAGCAUCAACGACAUCAGCAGAAGUGUCUGAAUUUGUUGAUGCCCUGUUGAGAGCAUGA